AUGGUCGGACAACAAAUGCAAGCCUUGGUGACCGAGUCUUCGGCCGGCGGGUCGCCAAAAAUGGUCAAGAAGCAAGUUCCGAUCCCUGAACCGGCCCCGCAUCAAGCUCUCGUAAAAGUGUCACAUAUUGCACAAAACCCGACAGACGUUCAAUCUCUUGACGGCAAUGCAUUCGGUGACGGCGCCGUCCUUGGGUGCGACUUUGUGGGAACAGUCGAAGCGAUUGGCGACAAGUGCAGCAGGCUGUCCAAGGGAGACAUUGUUGCUGGCCUAAUCUGGGGAGGUGAAAUCAAGGGUCUCGGCGGCUAUAGCGAGUACACCCUCGCGGACGACAACAUCUGCUUCCGAGUCCCCAAGAACAUAAGUCCGGAGGAGGCUGCUACAGUACCCCUGGCUUCCAUGACGGCCGAGCUAGCCCUGUUCUCCAAAGGAUGCCUCGCUAUUCCUCGAGAGAGCGGAUCGGAGACGGCGGUCCUUAUUUGGGGCGGUAGCUCGAGCGUCGGCUUGUACGCCAUCCAAAUAGCAGCGAUGCAAGGCCUCAAAGUAGUCACGACGUGCAGCCCUCGUCACUUCGAUUGGGUCAAGUCCCUGGGCGCGAAGCAUGUCUUCAACUACCGCGAUGACGACGUGAUUGAGUCCAUCAAAAAGACGACGCCCGGCCUCAAAUACGUCUUUGACACCAUCGGCAACAAGUCCUCCUCCGGCCAGGCAUCCCAAGCCAUCGAUGAGAGCGGCGGGCGGCUGUGCACCGUGCGCCCGGGGAAGGCCAACACUGAAAAUGUUUCGAAGCAGACGACUGUGACCGACGUCUUGGUCUGGACUGCAUUCUUGAAGGAUCAUCAGUAUGCUCAGUUCAAAUGGCCCGCUAGCGAGGAGGACCACAAACUCGGUACCAAGUUUUAUGAAAAGCUCCCGGGAUGGGUAGAGGCCAGGAAGUUGAAGCCCAACAAGCCGAAGGCUAUCUCUGGGGGUCUUGAUGGUGUAGACAAAGGAUUCCAAGUGUAUCGGGAUGGGGCAAUCUCUGGCGAGAAGUUGGUGUAUCAACUCUGA